CGCGUCCACUUGCCUGCAAUUGAAGGUGCAACGAUCGAGUGCGCAGGACAGCGACUGUGCCUUAGAUUUCGGGACAGUCCUGACCUAGGUUCGAGGUGUGCAUGGGCUUUUCACUUCCCUUCUCUCAUGGUCGCGCAUUGCACCUUGCCUCGACAUGGCUCCACGCCGACAGAACGACAGCUUCGGCUCUAUCAGUGAGAUCGAUCCUGAGAUUGUUUCCGAAUUGAGGGAUCGUCUCACAGAGGCGUCGAUCAAAUGCUCAGAGCGCUGUUUAUAUCAGUCGGCGAAAUGGGCGGCCGAAAUGCUGAAUUCUCUCCCUGAUUACGAUGAGACGAAUUAUGAUUCUCAUAUGCAAGACACGAAUAAUGUGCAAUCUUCAUAUCGACUUUUCUCCACGAGCCACGAGGACCCCGAAGAGGCUGCGCUCGAGGCAAAAGAGGCGCCGAAAUAUCUUUUGGCAAAGACCUUUUUCGACACAAAGGAGUUUGACAGAUGUGCUUCAGUGUUUCUGCCGCCUGCCAUUCCUGCAGGUGGGUUGGCUAUCUUUGACAAGCCCAAGGGCCGUACACCGACAUCUACACCGUCUCGGACCAAGGGGAAGUCGAAACAGAAGUCUGCCGACACCAUAAGUCCAUUUCCACAUCUCAGUCAGAAGUCGUUGUUCCUCUCACUAUACGCCCGAUACAUCGCAGGCGAGAAGAGGAAAGAUGAAGAGAGCGAAAUGGUUCUUGGCCCAGCCGACGGCAGACAGACUACAAAUCGCGAACUUCCAGCGCUGGCGAGAGGACUCGAUGCAUACUUCAAAGCGAGAGACACAGCAGAUCCACAAUUGACACGAUCGCAAGGGUGGUUGGAGUAUCUGUAUGGCGUUGUGCUAGUCAAGUCACGACAGGAACAACUUGCGCAACAAUGGCUUCUCAGAUCCGUCCGGCUGAACCCAUAUCACUGGGGAGCAUGGGAAGAACUAUCGUCCCUGCUGUCCUCCGUCGACGACCUGACUGCGCAACUGUCGCCGUCCAUCCUUCCCCAGAAUAUCAUGGGCAUCAUAUAUCAAGCAUAUGCAUCGGUGGACCUGUUUUCCAUGAGCGACCAGUCCAAUACGGUGGCAUACCUCAAGACACUGUUGAACUACUUCCCCACCUCCACGUUUCUCUUGACUCAACUCGCACUAUCCUAUUACCACGCCAAAGACUACGAGGUGUCGGCCUCGAUCUUCCAGGAUCUGCUGGUCGCCCAUCCUCAUCGACUGGACGGCCUGGACCACUAUUCCAAUAUUCUCUACGUCAUGACCGACCGGCCGAAGCUGGCCUUCCUCGCACACCUGGCCACCUCGGUGGACAAAUUCCGUCCUGAAACGUGCUGUGUCGUGGGGAAUUACUACUCGUUAUGCUCCCAACACGAGAAAGCAGUCAUGUACUUCCGCCGCGCGCUGACCUUGGAUCGGAACUUCUUAUCGGCCUGGACACUGAUGGGCCAUGAAUACAUCGAGUUAAAGAACACCCAUGCAGCCAUCGAGUCCUACCGUCGUGCCGUCGACGUCAAUCGUAAAGAUUAUCGCGCCUGGUACGGCCUGGGUCAAGCAUACGAGGUGCUGGACAUGGGUUUCUAUGCUCUGUUCUACUACCAACGAGCGGCAGGGUUGAGACCAUACGACCCCAAGAUGUGGCAGGCCGUGGGUUCGUGCUACACCAAGAUGAAUCGGCUAGAUCAAGCUAUCAAAGCUCUGAAACGGGCUCUCGUGGCAGGCACGUACUUUGACGACUCAAACUCUCCACAAACCAGCUUCAACACCUCUACUGCCUCCAACGUCAACGCAAGUGUCACGAGCAGCACAACCAAGGCCAGGUCAAAAGCCAAAGCCGGUUCCGCCCAACAGCAACGCCCGGCUCCCGCUCCCCGCAAACUGCUCGACCCGGAGACGCUGUACCAGAUCGCCUUGCUGUACGAGCGUAGCGGACCUGACUGUGAGGCCGAGGCGGCCCGAUAUAUGGAACUCUGCGUGGCCCAGGAGACUGGGGGAACCCAGAAAUCCGUGCUUCAGGCGGAAAAGGCCUUGCGGAAACGCCAACGCAAGGAGGCUCGAGCGAGCGCAAUUGCUGAGGAGCGCAAGGCUCGCGUCGCGAUGCUAAGAGCUGAAACUGGCCCCGAGGCUGCUGCCGCUGCCGCUAAUGACGAUAUCGGAGAUGUGGGAGGGGACGACGAUACGGAAAUCUUGUCGUCGCCCACUUCAGCCGCGUCAGGGCCGAGUGAGGUUCAAGAUGAAGGCGAUGGCGAUGGCGAGAAUGACGGAUUUGGCACAGGGACAACCGCCACGACGUCUAAAGCACGGCUAUGGUUGGCGCGAUGGAGCGUCAAGACAGGUGAUUUGGACCGAGCUGAGCGGCUGGCCGAGGAGUUGUGCAUGGAUGGAUACGAGGUCGAGGAGGCAAAAGGCCUGGUUCGAGAAGUCAGAGGGCGCAGAGAAGGGUUGCUAGAAAGCGAGUUUUGACUUUGAAAGGCCUUGAAGCGUACCAAUGCUGUGGACGCGUGUUGGAAUGGGCAAGCUGGCGAACUGAACUCGACAACUACAGCAGUUUAUCAACGAACUUCGGUCUACUAGACACAAGGCACAAAACGAGCAUGGAGUUGCAGGACAUGUUGUGAGAGUAGAGAAUUCUUGCACACUCCGAUGUCCAUUCACCCCGAUAUGAGCAUCCCUAGCCUGACAUCUGGCUGUUAAAGAGUGGACGGGGCAUCGAUGCAUCUCUUCCCCAUAGCCGCCAUCACGAAUAACGCAAUGCCCGGUUCAUACUGCAGCACGCUUCUCCACAACUGUCUGCGCUCAAAGACCUUGUCACCAUGUGCACCUCUCUCAGCUUCAUCUUCCUGUUCACCUUUUGUUCUAGCUCUGCGGCUAGCUGGGAUAUCGAUACAUUGUAACUCGUCAAGGAUCGUGAGCUCGACUGUCUGCAGUUAUUGUCCAGGCAAUACUGACGGGACUGAUUUGAAAAGAGAAGUCGAGUGUCCUAUGUGGCCGCUUCGCCUGUCUCGGCCCUCCGGUCUAGCAGCAAGAUACUGACCCAUCAUGCUCGGGAGCAGAGUGGUACUGCCGUCGGUGAUGUGUACUCACAUCUUCCGCACUGCGUUCACCUGACAAUCGAUUCUGGCGCUUCUCACAUCGUUCUCCCAAGCAGGGUACAAGGCCCAUGCGGUGAUGGCAACUCUCAUCCCACCAUGGAUACUUCUCACCAGUUUUCUGAUGUCCUCGUUGCGGUCGUCAUGACUCCAACGCACAGUAUGGGUUUUGUACGCCUUGCCUGCAUGGACAUUGAUAAUGAUCUUUCGUGACGCCAGCGGUUUUCUUGGUUCUCUUGCUUGCCCGGGGUGUCCUGAGUCUGCAGGCCAAAUUGUCACCUCAAACCAGGUGUGGCUGUUGUAGUAAGUUCCGUGGAAAUGAUUGUCCCAGCUCCAGCCUUGAUCUUUCGAGGUUACGGUGAAUGUCAGCGUACGCAGACCUUUUGCCGGGAAGGUUUCUGGCAGAUCGACCACCACGUAUUCUGAGCCUGCAGCCCCUUCUGUCACCUUGAGAGGGCGAGUUGUUGAGGCCAGGGGAGCAUCAAUCCAGAAGCCUGCCAGGUCGAGGACGCCUGGUACCAAAUCUCUUGGCAUACGUUGGGCGAGAAGAAAGGCGGUAUGGUAGGUAUCGAAAGGCACCGGUCCGAGAGGAAUCAUGGCCAAGGUGAAUGAUCGAGGACGUUUGAGUUUGGAGACUGCGGAGGAGACACAGGCGAUGGGAGGUGAGAUGAUCGGUUUGACAAAGCGGAUGAUGGAAGGAAGGAUGUUGAUGAUGAAAUAAAAGACCCCGAGGAUGAUGAAUCCGUUAAUGAUGGAGAAGGUCAGCAUAUACAACAUGUCCUCGAGGGCUACACGAAUUGCUCUGAUUGGGUCCAUUAUGAAGGGUGCUUUGCUACAUAUCAUGGGGCUGGUAGGAUGACGGUGCGGCUGGCCAGGGACGAGGAGGAUGAAAAGAGGAGAAUGAAAGCGAAGAGAGGAAAAAAUCAUACUAUGCUGCGAGGUGGCCCAACACUGGCACUGGCACUGGCACUGGCACGCUCCACCGGCACAUGUCACUGGCGGACGACGACGCGACGCCGAGAGGCACGACACCUGCACGGCCAGUGGCAGCCUGGAAGCGAUGACUCCCGGAAGCAGCUCAAACAGGGCAGGGGGCAUCUACGGUGAUGAGAAGGCGCGACGCUACUGCGCGUGCUGCCAGGGUCACGGUCCAGUUCAAGUUGUGCGUGCUCACAAGCUGAACGAUACAAACGACGACAGCCAACGACAGCCUGCACCUGCUCUUUGUACAGAGCCUCAAGGUUAUGCAGCACCUGAUGCCACCACUUAUACUGUCUACCCUGACAUACUGUCUGCACACGGGUGCUCAUGAACCGAUGGGAGUGAUGCAGUCACCGGGCAGCAAUCCAACUUUGAAACACGCCUCAAGGCCCCCUUCACUGGAUGGGACAGGUGCCUACCCAAUCAUGCAGUGAUGGAAAACAGGAAGGAAGAGUGUCCGCUGAUGCAGGUCCUCAUGAAGCUUGGCUGCCGAUACGUUGACGGGAGAAACCCAGUUGUUAAAAGUGCGGCAAGCAAGUUGGGUCAUGCCCUACCUGGGAAUAGGAUGAAGCUGUGCCCCUCCGCGUGUUCAGCCUUGCGCCCUCAGCCUUGCUUGAACAGAUAUUUCUGAUAUCAACUUGCGCAGCAUCUCUCUAUCCGACGCUUUCAACUACAUUCUCUGCUCUAACCACCCACAACGGGUCCUUCAUCCACGUUCCCUCCACCAGCGUUUCGAUCUCGAUGUUCCUCCAUCCACUCCACCACAAAUAAUCGGCCACCAUUUCCAGCCUUUGUUCCUUGUCCACCUUCAACCACCGUCCUACCACUUUCGUUGGAAAGCAUCGGUUUGAGAUGAUCAGAUGCACCUUGCCACCUUCCUUUGUUUGCUUUCGGAUACCUUGAAGAACAUCCACUGGUUUGGUCAGGUAGUCGAUGGAAACCACACACGUCGAGGCGUCCAGGUUUCCUCCACUCGGCCCGGGCAAUCGUACCUCUGGCUCCUCAUUGAGGUCCUGUACAGCCCAAUGCUUCAAUACUGGAUUCUUACUGAGCUCAGGGCCGUUCAUGCCGGUUCCAAGCACAUCUAGCGAGCCGGUCGCUGCAGCCUCUUGAAUACUCCGGGGAUAAUGGGAGAUCCAACUGGAACAAAAGUCUAAGAUCCGUCCUUUGCGAGGCAGGACUUGGUCAUAAUAUGCUGACAAUCUGUUGAUGGCAUUGGCAUCGAUAUGCGCCACAAAACGGGGCACGUCGUAGAACAUUGAGUCGUGCCCAGGAUCCACAGGGGUGAGAUCCGUCGACGAGUAAGGGAAUGGCCCAUUCGGACUUUUGGGCUCAUAGCUUCGUAUCUGUCGCUGGGAAGGGUCCAUUUUCUUGCUGGCAGUCAAAGGGCCAACUAGAAAGGAUACUGAACGGAUGGUGCUUCUUGUACACCUCAUUGUUCACAUGAACCAUACUACGAACAACAUGAGGUCCACCAAAAGUCCGCAGGGUGCUGAAUGAGCUGUCGUUUGGCCCAAGUAAGGAUUUUAAUAAUAUCAGAGAGGCAGAUGACGCCUGGACACAGCAACCUGGUGGUAACUGUAUGGCUGUUUCUAUUGAUUUACUACUGUCUCCAUCGGUAUAAUACAGAUGGAAAACCGGUCACCCUAGACUCCGGACAGGCUACAGUGAGGAAGCACAGGGUGGCAAGCAAGCCAUUUCGAUCAUGGCGUCAGCAUCCCGUGUUAGCGGAAUUAUGAUCGUUGUUCCUCUAUCAUCUGACCUGCU